UUCCCCACAUAACCCCAAGCGGUCGGGCGUACGCUAUUUCCCCUUUCCGGCGUUCCCUACAUUCCUUCAUACGCUAGGCGGCUUCCUUUUGUUAAAACAGAUUACCCCAAUGCUCGCACGCUCGGUCCCCUUCUCAUUAAUGUCUCGGUCCUUGUUCCCUUUUGGACGGAUUAGUGCUGUCCCGAUCUAUGGAGGCUGGAGACUGCUGCAUUCCUCGCUUUUGUGGCACGCGAAAACCCUCAGACCAUUCCUCUUGGCGGAUAUUGGAGAGGGCAUCACUGAAUGUGAAGUAUUGAAGUGGUCCAUCAGACCCAACGCGAAGGUUGAGGCCUUCGAUGCAUUGUGCGAGGUCCAAUCAGACAAGGCCUCGGUGGAAAUCACAUCCCCAUUCUCUGGCACGGUGAAGCAAUUGCUUGUUCAGGAAGGUGAAAUUGCCAAAGUAGGUCAAGGACUGUGCAUCAUUGAAGUUGACGAAGAUGGUGUGGACGAUAGCACAUCGAGUGACCCUGUCGCUAGGGAGCAUGUCGAUACUAUUUCAGUGACUACCGAUACCAAUGACGCGUCCCCAUCCUCAGACUACAGCCAGCCGUCCCCCGCCAUCGAGGAACCUCUGGUGCGGCCUCGCAGACACCAUCCUCUAGAUCCUUCAAAACCGCCGUCCUCACCGUCCAAAUUAUCAUCACAUCCUCAGAUCAUCUCGUCCUUAUCGACUCACUUCGCUCCAGCCCCAAACACACUCGCGGCCCCGUCAGUCCGCCACCUUGCUCGUAAGAGUGGAAUUGAGGAUAUUUCCGUGAUCAAAGGCACGGGAAGGAACGGACGCAUAGAGAAAGUGGAUGUGGAACGGUAUCUUUCCCAGGGAAUCGAGAAGGUUAACGCGUUUCCAACUGCCGGCGCUUCCCCUGCAUCGGGCCAAGUACAGAUGCUGGAGUUAGGGCGUACGAGAUGGGCAAUGUAUAAGGCUAUGACAAAGAGCCUUGAGAUCCCUCACUUUGGUUACUCGAGUAUUCUUGACCUAACAGAAAUUCACAACUCCCUCCCAAUCUUGAAUGCCCACAUUCCGCUAGCCUUCAACCCGCCACCACCCUCCAAGCAUGCCCCUCUAGUCUCGCCUGACGCCAUCUUCCCCCCCUCCCAGCCCAUCCAGCAACAAUCAUCCUCACACGAUGCCACGCUUUGGCAAUUCAACAAACUCACCUAUCUCCCCUUUCUCCUCAAGACCCUUUCCCGCGCAAUGCUCGAAUGGCCCAUCUUCCGGACCACAAUUUCUCACACACAAUCGUCGUCGGCCUCUUCCUCGUCACCCGCCUCGCCACCAAAACCAAUGCUCGCGCUUCGCCCUCACGCCGACAUUAGCCUGGCGCUCUCGACCCCUACAGGACUCUACACCCCCACGAUCCAAGCCGUUGAGAGGCUCUCGACGUACGAGAUUGCAGGAGAGAUCAAACGACUUACCGAGCUUGGGCGGCGCAUACCCAGCGCUUUAAGCAGGAAUGAAAUGCCACCCAAUGGUGGUACAAUUACCGUUAGUAAUGUUGGGGCCGUAGGGAGAGGAGAAUUCGCCUCGCCGGUGCUGGUUCCAGGAGGUGGUGUGGCCAUUGUGGCCAUAGGUCGUGCCAAAUGGGUAAUGCGCGAAGGCGAGCAACCAGGACAAGCCCAACGCAGGCUCCAAGUCGGUAUCAGCUGGAGUGCAGAUCAUCGUGUCGUUGAAGGUGCAGAAAUGGCUGCUUUCGUCGAGACAUGGAGAUCCUGGGUCGAGAAUCCUCAGCGGCUCAUUGCGGAGGCCCGUUGAAGCAGAUCCCGCACGUCGGUGCCACCAAAGUUUCUUCACUGACAAAAUAUCAUGUUCACUGCAGUCCCAUUCAUGUACAUGUCGAGAGAUUAUACUAG